GAAGGCAUAGGGCCGGCCCUGGAGCACCCUGUGAGAGGUGAGGCUGGCGGCGUCCAUCCUGAGGCUUUGCUCAUCACCUUCCCAGCCCUCUUCCAUUACAGCUGCAGAGAGGUGACCUGUGGUCCAGGACAUGAAGGCACUGUGCGUUUCCCUCUGCCUCCUGGGUGCCGGGCUCUUCCUGUGUUCAGUGCACGCCCGAGGCCUCAGGAGAUGCCUGAUUUCCACGAACUUGCACCGUAUGGAGGAGAGCUUCCGAGGAAUCAAAACAGCCAUUCAAGCUAAGGACACCUUCCAAAACGUCACCAUCCUGUCCCCAUCGGAGACCCUGCAUGGCAUUAAGCCCUUAGAUGUGUGCUGCGUGACCAAGAACCUCCUGGCGUUUUAUGUGGACAGGGUGUUCAAGGACCAUCAGGAGCUGAACCCCCAAAUCAUGAGAAAAAUCAGCAGCCUUGCCAACUCUUUCCUCUACAUGCAGAAGACUCUACAACAAUGUGGUGGUGACAAGACAGAUUUGGCCCCUGCUCUCCAGGCCUUUCCAGCCCUGGUGACAUGCAAGAAGCUGUGUCACUGCAGACAGGAAGCAACCAAUGCAACCAGAAUCAUCCAUGACAACUAUGAUCAGCUGGAGGUCCGGGCUGCUGCCGUCAAGUCUCUGGGAGAGCUGGACGUCUUUCUAGCCUGGAUUGACAAGCAUCAUCAAGGAACUUCGGCUGCCUCAAGACAAGGAACCUAAUUUGGGAGGAUGAACAGCCCCUGAGAGGUUUCUGGUGGGGGACAGCCAACUUGGAAGGGGAGGGAGACGGGGGAGGCCCUGUUUUAUGCAAAUGAGGGUCUUUUUGAGGACGUCUUCCUGCUUGUUUGGAAUUCUCUUCUCUGGGCUGAGGUGUUGUAAGGGGAAAUUCUGGGUUUGAGCACACCUCACCUUGUGGCUAAAAUCUCACCGGCUGGGCCCAGCUUGUCUGAUCUCACCUGAAGGUAUCCAAGCAGUCUACUGGUUUUAUUUUUAUAACAAAGUAUGUCUGUUGAGAGGUCCUGUGGGGCCAUCCUGGAGGGAGAGGGUGGGCUUCCCUAAUUUAUUGUGAAGUUUCUUAUCCCAUGUCUGUGAUGUGAGCUAAGCAAUAUCCUGUGGUGCAUAUUGUACUGACUGGUUUUUUUCUGAAUAAAUUCUCUUCUUUACCAAUCA